AUGCAAGCAUCAUCGAAUAAUCAUUAUCAAAAAUCUUUACCCUUUACUGAUAUUCAAAUUCAUACGAAUAAAUCCUCUGAAGAUGAUACAGGUUAUGAUAGUCUACCAAAUCAAUAUGAAAAACAACAAAGAAUAAAUAGUAUUGCUGGUCCUUCAUCAUCAUCUUCAUUAUCGCAUAAUCAAUAUGCCUUUGUAAUGAAUUAUGUAGAAAAUAUUCCAUCACCUACAGAUAUAUCAACUACAAAUGAAACAAGUGAUAUAUAUCCAUCAGUGCUUAAACUUAUUGCAGAGUUUCCUAAAAAAUCUCAACCAACGACCACAACAACACCAAUACCAAAUCGUAAAACACAUCGCACACGUGUUCAACCAAUACCAGAUUCUACAAGUGAUAGUGCAGAUUCAUUUGCUCAACCGAAUCAUGUUGUACUUCUUUCGUCAUAUCGACAACAAAUAUCACAAGUACCAACAAUAUCAUCAAUUAAUAUUCCAUCAUUUGGUGGAAGUUUAGAAUAUAUACAUGAUAAUCGUUAUGAUUCAACAACGACAGUUGAUCAUGUUAAAAAUGAUGUUAUUGCUAUUGAAUUAAUGGAACAACAACAACAACAACAACUAAAUCAUACAUUAGAUACUCAUCUUUAUAAUAAACAACAAUUAUCAUGGAUAAAUCGUUUAGGUGAAUCAAUACGUUUAUUACCAGCUACUGUUCUAGCUAUUGUUUUUAUUGGAUUAAUUGGUGGACUUUUUGUUUCAGCUAUAUUUGUUAUUAUUAUAGCAUAA